AUGCGGGACGCAAAAGCAACAGGCACAAAACAGCUUCGGUUGCGCUACCGGGCCUCCUUGGCGAACCUUGACCCCUUCACAGCUGAGGAGAUCCUAGCGCGGCCGUGCUGCCUGUUUCGGGUUCCGCCGCAGUUUUGCAAAGGUGUGUUGCGAAAGUCCCUCCAUCUGGUGUUGGAUUUGAUAAGGUCGAGCGCUCGCGCCCCUGGCGACGUGUCUGGACCCGACUCGGUCCGGGCCUGGAAGCUUUGGUUUCUCCUCCCGCGCAUGCUUUUGCAUAGGCCUCCCGGCGGGGCCCGGGUCCAGAAAGCUGUGCUUUUGGCUAGGUUCCAGGCCUUCUUGCGGGGUGACUGGAUCCCCUUACUACAAGAUGCCUUGGCCCAACCCUCACCUCAUGUUGCCACUGGCGACCGCCCUGCCGCGUCUGACGACGCACGGGCAAGGCGAGCAGUGCACCUCGCACACCUGGGUGAGUUGUCAGCCGCCCGUCAAGCGCUGACGGCUGACCCGCUCGCGCCAGCCACUGAUGCCACUUUUGAGCACCUCUCUGACCCGCAUCGCCGCCCCCCCGAACCGUAUGGACCCCUUGACCCCGAGUUGCUCGCGUGGGAGCCGGCGUCACCUGUUGCGCUUGACCGUGCCGCGUUGCUCACUAACUUGCGCCGGGCCCGCAAAGGGGCUGCACCAGGGCCGUCAGGCUUCACUGCUGAGGUAGUACAUGUAGUGUUGGAUGCGGACGAGUCGAUUGAGGCGUUUGCUGAGGUUGCGACCCUUGUUGCACAAGCGCGAAUCCCUGCGGCUGUGAUGCCGGCAUUUGGUCUUGGUCGGGUUGUUGCCCUCUGCAAGCCAAACGGGGGCACCCGUGGGCUGGUUGUCGGCGAGUUGUCGCGCGCACGCUUGCUCAGCAGUUCGCCGGCGCCGUCGAAGAUGCGUGUCCACAUCAGUUCGCGCUUGGCAAUCGUGCAGGUUUUGAUGCCUUGGUGCACGCCGUGCAAGCUCGGUGCGCGCGCGAUCCUAGCCUCACCCUUGUUUCUGUUGAUGCGUCUGCCGCCUACGACGGCAUCAGCCGUCAGGCGAUUCUACAGGAACUCCGGUCCGUGCCUGCAGCAGCUGCGCUACUCCCGUUUGCUAGGCUUUGGUUGGGCCGUCCUUCGUCCUUUGUGUGGCAGCAAGUCCUUGGUGCACGCUCUGGAUGCACGCGAUGCUGUUGAAUGGUCACCGGUGCAGAACCUCCUGCGGGCCUCCGAUGCCCUUGCUGAGGCUGGCUUCGCCGUUGGCAACGCCCAGCCUCGAGAGCCCGACGAUCGGGACGCUGCGGAGCAUCGUCGUGCCGUGGGCCCUGCCGAACUCGCGCUCCUUGACUCGCAGUCCGGCCCCUUUGCCGCCAGGCCUCUUCCAGCAGCGGCGCCCACGCACCCGUCAGGAAAGUUUGGAAAAUGUUUGGAAACGCGCAAGCUGAACACCUUUGUCGACCCGCUCGCGGGUAAGUAUGAUCGCUGCCGGCACUUGGCCGGAAGCCAGUUCGCGGGCGGCAUGGAUCAACAGUCCGCGCAGGAGCAAAUUUCGCCACGGGACGAAGUUCUCGUGGCCGAACUUGCCGCGUUGCCCGAGGAAGCCACGGGUCUGCUGCAGCGCAAUCGGUGCUGCUCGCAGCAUUCGGACGCUGACGACGGAGUCGUGGCUGCCGCCGCGGCGAACCGCGGAAACCCACGCGGCCGCGGUCGCAGCAUGCGCCGCCGCGGAUGCCGAGGGAGUCCCAGUGCCCGCGCCGGCACACCUCGCCUCGAGCUUCUUACCCAGCGCAUACGCUCUCCAGACGCCGCCUCGCCAACUCAGAGGACUGCUGCGAAAUGCCUUUCGAACGGCGUUGGAGACGACGAGUGUGACGAGUGGAAGCUCUUCAUGUUGGCGCCCCGCAUGCUGUUGUUCCAUGCCCCAGGUCAACCCUGCGUGCCGGUUGAGGAACUGCGAUGCCGCGAACACGCGUUCCUGGCGGGGCACUGGCCGGAACUGCUCCGCCAAGGCGCAGCCGCAGCAACACCAGCGUCGAGGGAGGCGGGCCGGCCUUCCGAGGAUAAUGGGGUAGAGCCCGAAGACGUCGACUUAUGUCGACCUCCGCCGUCGCUCGAGCUGCGGCUCUGGCCCGCCUUGGUGAGCCUUCUGCGGCGGCUGCCACUCGCGCCCACAAGCCUGGAGACACUCGCUGCCUUGCGUGGAU